CCGGUUUGUUUGCUAGCUUCCCAAAUAAUAGUCAGCCUUUGCAAUCGCACAGUGUCUUCGUAACAUAAAACCCUAACUCCGAAUUUUCCAGCGCACCAAACAGUACCCGGAUUCCCUACUCAAGACGAACCCUCCUUCAUUCCAAAAAAAAAAAAAAAAAGGAAGGAAAAAAAUCCAGGGUAAUAGCCUUCACUCAACCCUAACAAUGGCUUCCCAUCCGAACCUAGAGUGCCGCAUGUACGAGGCUAGAUAUCCAGAGGUCGACAUGGCCGUCAUGAUCCAGGUCAAAAACAUCGCCGACAUGGGAGCUUACGUUUCGCUCCUCGAGUACAACAACAUCGAGGGUAUGAUACUCUUCUCCGAACUCUCCCGCCGUCGUAUUCGUAGUGUCAGCAGCUUGAUCAAGGUUGGCCGCAUCGAGCCCGUCAUGGUUCUUAGGGUGGAUAAGGAAAAGGGUUACAUCGAUUUGAGUAAGAGGAGAGUUUCUGAGGAGGAUAUUCAGGCCUGUGAGGAAAGGUACAACAAGAGCAAGCUAGUUCACUCCAUUAUGCGCCACGUUGCUGAGACGAUGGGAAUCGAUUUGGAGGAUUUGUACAUUCAUGUUGGCUGGCCUUUAUACCGAAAAUAUGGUCAUGCUUUUGAGGCUUUCAAAAUAGUUGUGACAGAUCCCGAUACAGUUCUAAAUACACUCACUCGUGAAGUCAAAGAACUUGGCCCUGAUGGACAGGAGGUGACUAAGGUGGUUGCUGCAUUGUCUGAGGAAGUUAAAGAUGCUCUUGUGAAGAACAUUAGGAGAAGAAUGACUCCACAACCUUUGAAGAUCCGUGCUGAUAUUGAGAUGAAAUGUUUCCAGUUUGAUGGUGUUCUUCACAUCAAGGAUGCUAUGCGGAAAGCUGAAGCUGCAGGCAACGAUGAUUGUCCUGUCAAAAUUAAGCUUGUUGCUCCUCCACUUUAUGUUUUGACUACUCAGACUCUUGACAAGGAACAAGGGAUAUUGGUUCUAACCAAUGCUAUCACAGCUUGCUCAGAAGCAAUAGAGAAACAGAAGGGGAAACUCGUUGUCAAGGAGGCACCCAGAGCAGUGAGUGAACGUGAUGACAAAUUACUGGCUGAGCAUAUGGCUAAGUUGCGUCAAGAUAAUGAGGAAGUUGGUGGUGAUGAUGAAAGCGAAGAAGAAGAAGACACAGGAAUGGGGGAGGUUGAUAUCGAGACUCCUGGCAUUACUGAGUGAAGAAAAGAAGAAAAGUUUAGCUUUGAAAGAGAUAUUGACACUUAUUUUUUGAUCAAUUUUUAGUUGUUUUAUUUUGCAUUUAAUUUCUUUUAGUCUUUUUCUUGAUCGAUGUAUAAAAACCUGUGAUGAGAAAUUACAUCCCCCUAGUUCUUGAAUGUCGGUUGACGACAUUUUCAUUCAAGAUUGAGUUAUUUUUUUGGUCGAAAAA